UGAAGACAUCAACAGGGAGCGCUGAACAAUAGAUGGCGACACUGCAGAGAGAUUACUGGAAUCACAUGAGUGUUGCUGAGCUCUAGACACCACACAAUCUGCUAUCUGAACCGUGCUGGAGGACCCUACUUGAAACCAAAUGAACAGAACAAAUCUUCCAGUUAUCUUUAUUAUAAUUUGUUAAUUUUACUAGUAUUAUUCAUACAUUUUUAUCCAAAGUGACUUCCAAAAGAAAUAUGCAGCAACACUUUUGAUUCACCCUCAGGUGACAUUAACAUUAGAUGUGCAAACUUGCUUAGAAAAGCUAGAGCUAUAACCGAAUCAGAGAUAUAACUGAGAAUGUGAAGCAUUGUUUUUGUUGAUGAUUUUGUAGAAUGGGUAAUGAAUUAGAAGGGACUAUAGAGCAAAACGAAACCAUAUUUGGAAUGGUGCUGUUUAGUCAGAACUAAAUGCUGAGUAUGAAUAUGUGUUGGCACCAAACACAGUCUUUCUAGCUACUUUAAGCUGAUGAUGUGUCAUUUUUCAAUGUAAAAAUACAUUCACACAAAGACAACUAUUAAGUGAACCUUUUGUAGGUGGAUUUACGCAAAAAGUGUAAACACUGUUUUUGCAGUUCCGUUUGGCACAGAAAUUACACACUUCAGCUUUAAGAGUGAGUAGAGGUUAUCUAGAGUCUGCAUGAUUUCGAUGACGUUGUUCAGUGCUUGUGGCAAGGCUGAAAACAAAGAUAAGGUUGCACCUUGUUCUUUAAUCAGAGUGAUUUGCAGAUUCAUAACCUGGGGUUUCGUCACAUGGAAGAUAAUUUUGUUCUCACUGUUAUUGCACAUAAGGGAUAUGUGGUUGUCGAAGCAGAAUGAAGGUUGCUUCUGGAGAUGUUGAGGACCAUCAUGUCCUCUGAUCUACUGGUGGACCUGCACGAUGAUCUUGGAGGGGACGACUCUCCUAGCGCUGCUCUGGACCAGCUCAAACUGGUACAGGACAAACAGUGGCCACCUGAUGACCCUUUUAGCCUGAGCAAAUCUGCUUCAGACAUUAAAAGUCUUGGUGGCACCUCACACCUGCCAUGGGACGACCCCUUCUAUGACAUUGCAAGACAUCAGAUCGUGGAGGUUGCAGGUGAUGAUAACUAUGGUCGGAAGGUCAUUGUUUUUAACGCUUGUCGCAUGCCCCCACAACAUCAACUGGAUCACUAUAAACUACUCAUGUAUUUGAAGCAGACUCUUGAUAAGUAUGUGGAGAGUGAUUACACACUCAUCUACUUCCAUCAUGGUCUGACCAGUGAAAACAAGCCCUCUCUCAGCUGGCUUCGAGAUGCCUACCGGGAGUUUGACAGGAAGUAUAAGAAAAAUAUCAAGGCGCUCUACAUAGUCCAUCCCACAAUGUUUAUCAGAACCAUCCUUAUUCUCUUCAAACCCAUUAUCAGCUUUAAGUUUGGCCGUAAAAUAAAUUACAUAAAUUACUUGAGUGAGCUGGAGGAGAUUGUGAAGUGUGAUCAGCUGGUGAUUCCCAACAGAGUCAGAGAGUAUGAUGAUAAGAUCUGUCUGUCUCUGAAGCCAUCUGUUGUCCCUGGACCAAUCUCUCCUCCGCGGAGUCCUCCCCUCCCUUUCCAGCAGUUUGGAGUCCCGCUGUCAGCAUUGAGACAUGGGGCUGCAGAUUCAGAGGGAAUUCCUCUAGUGAUGCGUGACACCAUUGGAUUCCUGCAGGAGCAUGGUCUACAGACAGAGGGGAUAUUCAGGCGCUCUGCCAAUGUUUCUAUGGUUAAGGAUAUAAAGCUGAAAUAUAACUCUGGUGAGUCAGUUAAUUUCCCUCAGAUGGAAGAUAUCCACUUGGCAGCUGUGAUCUUGAAGACGUUCCUCAGAGAACUUCCAGAGCCGCUGCUCACCUACCAGCUCUACAAUGACAUUGUCAAUUUCCACAAUGUAGACAGUGAGACUCAGGCAGAAACCAUUCGGAACAUGUUGCUGUCACUUCCUGAGGAGAAUUAUGCAUCACUGCGCUUCCUCAUACGGUUCCUUGUUCAGGUGUCUGCUGAGAGUGAAGUCAAUAAGAUGACCAAUGCUAACCUGGCUGUUGUGUUUGGGCCCAACUUGCUCUGGGGGCAAGAUGCUGCCAUGACACUUAGCGCAAUCGGACCAAUCAACAACUUCACCCGCAUCCUGCUUGACCUACAUCAGGAGGUCUUUACCCAGUGAGCAGUAGCAGAACAUUGAUUACACUCCCGUGAUUGACCCUCCCCAUUCCAUAAAUUAAUUCCUCUGUUGCUGUGUCCCAUCCAUGGUGUCUUUCUCAGUGUUGCCAAAUGCAUGAGUACAUCAACUGGGUGACGCUAUGCAGGAAGAAUAAGACGGUUGUUUGAAGUGCUUAUUUGGUUGAAGUGGACAGACCUUCUGUUUCACAGCUUUCACAAAGAUUUAGGCUGUGAUCAAAUUAUGACAAUCAGUUUCUUUUCUAUCCUGCCGAAAUCAUGUAGCUACUGUCAGUCAUUAUGGUACUGGACAGACAAUAAUUUUAUCAGGUCUGUUAGCAGAGACCUAAAUCAAUGAAACAACAAUGAAUACAGUUUGCUGUUUUUAUGUUCAUUUUUGGGGCUUGCAUUGUGGUAGAUAUUCAGCUGUCGGGCCAGUGUGAAUUAAUUUCAGUUGGUCUUUUAAGGGGUAAAAUUUUGAGCAAUGUAAUUUCAAAUGCACAUGUCUUCUUAUUUGUAAGCCAUAGCAAGCACAAGCUAUGGAUCAGUAUAAAGCACUACUACUUGAAACACUUAUUUUAAACAAUUAUUUAAGAGGACACGGUUUAUGUCCUCUUACAUGAAGUACAUGAUGGUAUGUAUGGUCUUAAAGAGCUUUCAAUCAUUAUUCAUUUAUAUUAUCAUAUCCUGUUUAAUAUUAUUAUUAUUAUUAUUAUUACUAUAAUUUUAUCGCUAUUUCUCAUCACCUCCACAGCAUAUCUUUUUUUGUCUCAGUGGUUCCAGGAAUAGGGCAAAUGCUGUAUGGCAAGCAUAGUGUCACCGCAAAUGUUCUUAUGUCUCUCAGAUGUUUCUGAAGCCUAAUGCUUGCAGUGAUCAUGAGAAGCAAUCUGCCAUUUAUUCUUCUUCAGUCAUACCUUUAAGCAUUUCAAAUCUUGAAAUGCUUCCUUGUUAAUGCAGUAUAUAUACAAAUAUCUGCCAACAAUCCCCCUUACUCUUUGUAUGUAUUAAAUGUAUGUUUUGAGUGUGUGUGUUCUGUUUAGUAAUGCUGUUGUACAAUUCUACCCCACACUUAUUUAUUUGGCCAAAUAUUAUAUGGUUACAAUGUUUAUGUGAUGCAUUUUAUUUGUGGAAAAAAAAGAUGUACUGUCUGUCAGGGACAGUGCCAUUGUACGUGGGGUUAUUUGAAACAAAAGCCCAAAUCAGAUAUAAUUUUGUCCUCUUAGUAAAUUUGCUGGCGUUUUAUCUAUGAGAAAAUGUAUUAUAGUGUUGAAUGAGUUAUUACUGGUAUCUGUGUAUAUAAAACAAUUACACUGACAUUUCUAUUUCAUCACAGGGCUCUGUAUUUGGAGUAUCUAUCAAACUUUAAUUUCUUGAUAGAUGGAAAUUAAAUUAAUUUUGCUUAAAGGAUGGUUGUUUCAUUGGUCUGAAGUCCAAAAGGACCAUAAUCAGGUACAUGGGUACAAAUUAUUUAGCACUAAUGAUUUAAGUGUCAUAUGCCUUGUUUAUUGAAUUGUAACUGUUUACUGUGUCAUGUAAACAUCCUAUCCAUGUCAAUACAUCUGAGCAUUGACAUGUGGAUCAGUGGCUUAAAUAGUUUUAGCAAAGUUCCCUCAAUCCCACGUGUCUGUGUGCCUUACUGGAGUGAAUUGGCGAUGAUAUUUACUAUUUAAGUCCCCUUCUCUGGUUGGAUCUGUAAACUUUGUGCCAUUUAGUUGUAUCUGUAUCCAAAUGCCUACCUGAUCACCUGUACUGUAGAAACGUAUUUCUCGUGGAACUUUGCAUAAUUCUUUUGUGAAGGUUCUAUUCUUCCAUUUUGGCUGUUAAAAUGUAUUCUUUUACUUUUAAAAUCUUUACUUUUGUACAUCAUGUGGUGUAUUCAGAGUAAUAAAUUGUUAGAGGUUGUGAAAUGCGUUUCCUAUUGUGUUUAUGUUUGUGCUUUAUAAUACUCUCAAGGAUGGCGAGCAAAUAAAACACUGAACAGUUUUUGUUGGGUAGACCGCAAUAUUUUUUAUUUUUUAUUUAGUUCCCA